AUGUCCUCAUCAUAUGCUGCUGCCAUAUCAUCCCUCCUAACAGCCAGCACUUCUAAUCCACCCAUCAAACCUAGCCCUCGUCCCUCCCCACGCACAGCAGGGGGUCCUGAACCUUCCCCCCAGCCCCACAAAUCCCCUCACCACCCUCCAGCUGUCCAGAUACAGCCUCAUUCACCGGAGCCUCUGGUGUCGUACGAGGAGCAACAGGAGAAUCCUGCAGAUUAUGGAAUAGGUGGUUAUUACCUCGUUGAGAUCGAAGAGAUCUUUGUUGACCGCUAUCAAGUGGUCAGAAAGUUGGGAUGGGGUCACUUCUCUACUGUGUGGUUAUGCUGGGAUAUGGAGAGAAGGCGUUUUGUGGCUCUGAAGGUGGUGAAGAGUGCUCAAAUCUACACAGAGACGGCACUGGAUGAGAUCAAACUUCUGAAAUGUGUGAGGGACAGUGACUCCAAAGAUCCUAAACGAGAAAGAAUCGUGCACCUCAUCGAUGACUUCAGGAUCUCUGGAGCUAACGGUGAGCAUGUAUGCAUGGUUCUGGAGGUUCUUGGCCACCAGCUGCUGAGGUGGAUCGUCAAGUCCAACUACACUGGCCUCCCUCUGCCCUGCGUUAAGAGCAUCCUCAGACAGGUUCUGCAGGGUUUAGAUUACUUGCACACUAAAUGCAAGAUUAUCCACACAGACAUCAAGCCAGAAAACAUCCUCCUGAGGGUGGACGAGGCUUAUAUUCAGCAACUGGCUUCCAACACCAAGCUAUGGCAGCUGCCAGUGUCCUCUGCUAUCUCUAGCUCCCCAGUUAACAGAGGCCUCAGGGAAAAGAAGAGUUUGUCCAACUUUUUGGGGAAGCUGACGGGAGUUUUCCACACUCUUGGGGAGUGGUCCAACAAAGUCUCCAGGAGCCCGAUCAACCGACUGACGAGGAAAGACAGGAGUCGACGAGGACAGGAGACCAAAUCUGACCUCAAACAGAAAGACAAACCUCAUGUGACAUUUACCGAUAUCACGUCUCCCUCAAGCACCUACAGCUCCAUGUGUCAGUCUAAGCUCUCGGGUCCUAACCUCAGAUUAAGGAGGCAGACCCUGCUGCUGGAGGAGGGACUGGACUUGGCUCCGUUCAGCAGCAGAGACUCCAUCUGCUCUUGGCCAGACCUCCAAACCGAUGCUGCUGUCUCUGGCUCCAGGUCAGCAUUAUUACAUCAGACUGCUGACAAAGAGCCACCUCCACCUUCAUCAUCCUCCCCCUGUGGUUUCAGUGACUCUGACACUUUACCUUUGGAUCUACUGAAGCCACAGAAUGCUGAUAAAAUCCUCAUUAAGAUUGCUGACCUGGGCAAUGCCUGCUGGGUGCACAAACACUUCACUGAGGACAUCCAGACGUGUCAGUACCGCUCUGUGGAGGUCUUGAUCGGCGCUGACUACGACACACCAGCCGACAUCUGGAGCACUGCCUGCAUGGCUUUUGAGCUGGUGACUGGGGACUAUUUGUUUGACCCUCAAUCAGGAGCAACAUUCUCCCGAGAGGAAGAUCACAUUGCCCACAUCAUUGAGCUGCUGGGACCCUUGCCAUCCAAGUUUGCCCUCUCAGGGAGAAAUUCCAAACAAUUCUUCAAUCGUAAAGGACAACUUCGACACAUCUCAAAGCUCAAGUCAUGGAGCUUGUUUGAAAUCCUACAAGACAAGUACGAGUGGCCUCAGGAGGAAGCCGUCAACUUCAGCUCUUUCCUCUUGACCAUGUUAGAGCUGCUGCCAGAGAAAAGAGCCACCGCUGCCCAGUGUCUGAAACACCCCUGGAUCCUCUCCUAG